UGUUCCUUGUUCCUUUUAGCAACCUUCAUGCUGUGUCCUGAUGAUUCCUCGAAGGCCAAAGCCUUGGUAUAAGAAACAUGGUGGCACAGUUUUGAAAGUCAUAAUUGCUGCUGAGGCUGGUCUCUUUCUGUCUUCAUUCUUGGCAUGGCGAUCCCUUUGCAAUAACCCGAAUUCACGCCAGUCUCUACAUAAGUGGUAUCCCAGGGCCUUGUACUGGUUUUAUGAUACUUUGGAGUACAUUGAUCCCAAGUUGUCUUCUGUUCGUGAGAGUGAUGCAAAAAGUUGGAAAUUGGAGAGCGUCACACCUUCUGGACAUUAACCUGGAAGCCUAAUUUACAUUUGUGACCUUAGACAUAGGUGUAAUAAUGGCAACAAAGUGGCAGCCUGAGAGUUGGGAUGAUGACAGUCGAAUGGAUGUAAUGUUCGCACCUUUUCGUCCCCGUGCAACAAACUCAGUUGGAUGGGAUGCCAAAGUGAAGUUCUGGGAAGGUGUUAUUGUAAAAUAUGCCCAGGCUACAGGGGGAUUCUGCUUCAAAUUGGAUGACUUGAAGGUGGCAUUCCAACGUCAUGGGAGGAUUCCCCGCGGACUUGAUGUGGUUCUUAAGGAUAUGCAAGAGAAGGGAAAGCUGGUGGAUGCCUCCCAGUAUCAUAUGUUUGAUCAAGGGAAUGUCCAGCAAGGAUGGAGCAUGUGGGCAUGGAGAUCCCUGGCAAAACCAGUGAUUGACUGGAGUUGGGGGUUUGUGAGGUAUUUUUGGAAGAGUGCCAUAUCUAUUGAGCCAUCAUCUAUUCCCAGUAUGCAAUUCCUUCUUGUUGGGGAGAUCCAGGAACUGGCACAAACCCUUCUUGCUGCUCAGCAAGCUUCUUCUGAAGACUGUUCUGUUCUGGAAUUCUCUGAUGUCUUUCACCGAUGGAGUGAUAUCUGCAAGACACAGGAGAACCUGGGUUAUGUAAUUGGUUGGCUGCAGAAACAAGGGCUUGUUGUUGUGCGCUUUGAGGGGGAACUGAAGUUUGUCAAGUUCUGUGGUCGGGAUGAAAAAGUGGCUAGUGCUAUAACAGAACAAGAGUUAGCUGUGAUCAACCUUCAGAAGCAGGAGAAAGUUCUCACCCAGGAGAUUGACAAACUCACAUCAACAGUGGAGUUCUGUAAUGAGGAAGCCCGCCUCUGUAUCCACGCUGGGAACAGAGUGAAAGCCAAGUCUUGCCUGAGAAAGAAGAAACUCAUUGAGGCCAGCUUGGAGAAAAAGUGGAAGGCUUUGGACAACCUUGCCUCCCUUCUGCAUCGCUUGAGGCAGUCUGACUCUGAUGCCCGCAUCUUUGACACCUAUCAGACUGGUUUAAGUGCUCUCAAGAACUGUGGGCUUGAUGUUGAUCGGAUCGAGGAUGUUCUCGACAAGAUGGGAGAAACUCUGGACAUGAGCCAUGAAGUUUCUUCGGCUCUCUCACGCCCAGUUGCCUUCUCUGAUGUAGAGGCCUCUCAGGAGGAAUUGGAAGCAGAGUUGAAGAACCUUCUUGGUGAAGAAGAAGAAGAGGAAGAAAAGCCACGGCCUAUUAAAGACCGGGAAGAUAAUGCAACAAGAGCAAUGGAGGGGUUGACCCUUUCUGAUUUCAACAUGAAGCUUCCUUCUCCACCUAAGCAUCCAGUUGUGAUUGGGAAGCAACGUGAAGCUAAUUUUGGCCAUUAAGUCUUUCUUUAUAGUCAAUCAUUGCAUCAGAGAAACUGUCUUCGGUUUUUUCUGCUGAUGUUGAUAAAAUAAAAUGGUUUAUCAUUUUAGCAUGCAAAAA